GUGGGCGGGGUGGAAGAGUGAAUGAAAUCCCCCUUGGAGAAAGACAUCUGGGGAGAAGGUUCACGAGGAGUGCCCGGAACCCCGGCGGAGUCAGCCCCCGGAAUGUGGCUCCCCUGGCUGGCUCCUGCUCCCUGGCGUCACCUGCUGCGCUGUGCCCUGUUUCUUGGGAGUGUGGUGUUCAGCCCCUCGGGCUCCUGGAUCAGCCCCGCGGGGGCAGCCACAGUCGCCACCCCUGCUGUCCCCACCGUGGCCCCCACCGAGCCCAAUGUCUUCCUGAUCUUCACUCAUGGGCUACAAGGCUGUCUGGAGGCCCAAGAGGGACAGGUUAAAGUCACACCAGUCUGCAAUACCAGCCUACCUGCCCAGCAGUGGAAGUGGGUCUCCCGUAACCGGCUCUUCAACCUGGGUGCCAUGCAGUGUCUGGGCCUGGGCACAGCCUGGCCUGGUGCCAAUGCAACCACAGCCCCAUCGCUGGGCACCUACGAGUGUGACCGAGAGGCCUUGAGCCUGCGCUGGUACUGCCAGACACUGGGGGACCAGCUGCCUCUGUAUCUGGGGGGCCAGACAGGGAACACCUCAAAGACUGUCCUCUCUGAUCGAGGAGACCAGACAAGGGGCAACCAAUGGCGAAUCUACGGGACUGAUGAGGAUCUGUGCUCUGUACCCUACUACGAGAUCUACACAAUACAAGGAAACUCCCAUGGGAAGCCCUGCACCAUCCCCUUCAAAUACGACAAUCAGUGGUUCCAUGGGUGCACCAGUACUGGCAGAGAAGAUGGGCACCUCUGGUGCGCCACCACCCAGGAUUACGGCAAGGAUGAGCGAUGGGGCUUCUGCCCCAUUAAGAGUAACGACUGUGAGACUUUUUGGGAUAGGGACCAACUAACAAACAGCUGCUACCAGUUUAACUUCCAGUCCACGCUGUCCUGGAGGGAGGCCUGGGCCAGUUGUGAGCAGCAGGGAGCCGACCUGCUCAGCAUCACUGAGAUCCAUGAGCAAACAUACAUCAAUGGGCUGCUCACUGGCUAUAGCUCUACCCUCUGGAUUGGACUCAAUGACCUAGACACCAAUGGCGGCUGGCAGUGGUCUGACAACUCUCCCCUUAAGUAUCUUAACUGGGAAAGCGAUCAGCCAGACAACCCCAGUGAGGAGAACUGUGGGGUGAUCCGGACAGAGUCAUCUGGCGGCUGGCAGAACCGGGACUGCAGUAUUGCCCUGCCCUAUGUGUGUAAGAAAAAGCCCAAUGCUACAGUGGAGACCUCCCUACAGCCUGGUGAGCAUGGACUUAAGAGGAAGGAAAGAGCUGGGGCAGCAAUGGCACUUCCCAGGGGAUGGCCGAGGUGCUUAUAUUUCACUUGGGCUCUGCAUCCACCCUUCUCUGGUCCCAAGGAUGAGGAAGUUACUUCUCUGUGGAGAUCACCACUCUCCCCACCCUCUCCAUCCACUGUCCAUUCCUCCGCCAUUGCUCCUCUGUUCCCUCCCUGUCUUACUUCUUCCCACGGGGCAGAGGUGGAAGAGCUGUGGAUUGGUCUGAAUGACCUGAAGCUGCAGAUGAACUUUGAGUGGUCAGAUGGCAGUCUGGUACAGUUCACCCAUUGGCACCCCUUUGAACCCAACAACUUCCGAGACAGCCUAGAAGACUGCGUCACCAUCUGGGGACCGGAGGGACGCUGGAAUGAUAGCCCCUGCAACCAGUCACUGCCAUCCAUUUGCAAGAAGGCAGGCCAGGUUAGUUUGGAGACAGCAGAGGAAGAUCAUGGAUGCCGCAAGGGUUGGACCUGGCAUAGCCCAUCUUGCUAUUGGCUGGGAGAAGAUUAUGUGACCUACAGUGAAGCCCGCCGGAUGUGCAUGGACCAGGGUGCCACUUUGGUCACCAUCACCAACAGGUUUGAACAAGCCUAUGUCAGCAGCCUUAUUUACAGUUGGGAUGGCAAAUACUUCUGGACAGCCCUUCAGGACAUUAAUGGGACAGGCUCCUUUCACUGGCUUAGUGGGGAUGAGGUUAUGUAUACCCACUGGAACCGGGACCAGCCCGGCUACAGUCGAGGGGGGUGUGUGGCCUUGGCUACUGGCAGUGCCAUGGGUCUGUGGGAGGUGAAGAAUUGUACCACAUUCCGGGCUCGGUAUAUCUGUCGCCAGAACUUGGGUACUCCAGUGACACCUGAGAUGCCUGGCCCUGACCCCACACCAAGCCUCACUGGCUCCUGCCCCCAGGGCUGGGCCUCUGACCUCAAGCUCCGACACUGCUAUAAGGUAUUCAGCUCAGACCGAAUACAAGACAAGAAGAGUUGGCCGUUGGCCCAGAGUGCAUGCCAGGAGAUGGGAGCUCAGCUGCUUAGCCUGGCCAGCUAUGAGGAGGAACACUUUGUAUCUAACAUGCUCAACAAAAUCUUUGGUGAGUCAGAGCCUGAGAUCCAGGAGCAGCAUUGGUUUUGGAUUGGUCUGAACCGACGAGACCCUCGAACUGAGCGAAGCUGGCGCUGGAGUGAUGGCCUAGGGUACUCCUAUCACAAUUUUGACCGUAGUCGCCAUGACGAUGAUGACAUCCGGAGCUGUGCGGUGCUGGACCUGGCCUCCCUGCAGUGGGUGGCCAUGCAGUGUGAGACACAGCUCGACUGGAUCUGCAAGCUUCCCAAAGGAGUCGAUGUAAAGGAGCCUGAUGUCAGCCCACAAGGCCGGAAAGAGUGGAUUCGCUUCCAGGAGGCGGAAUACAAAUUCUUUGAGCAUCACUCCACUUGGGGGCAAGCCCAGCGUAUUUGCACAUGGUUCCAGGCUGAGUUGGUGUCGGUGCACAGCCAAGCAGAGCUGGACUUCCUAGGACACAGCCUGCAGAAGUUCUCCCGAGGGCAGGAGCAGCACUGGUGGAUUGGCCUGCACACUUCUGAGAAUGAUGGGCGAUUCAGAUGGUCGGACAAAUCCAUCAUAAAUUUCAUCUCCUGGGCACCAGGGAAACCACGGCCCAUUGGCAAGGACAAGAAAUGUGUCUAUAUAACAGCCAGUCGAGAGGACUGGGGAGACCAGAGGUGUCUGACAGCCUUGCCAUACAUCUGUAAACGCAGCAAUAACACCAGUGAGAAGCCUCCCCUGGACCCGCCUCUCUCUCUCCUCCCCGGUGGCUGUCCUACUGGCUGGAGCCAGUUCAUCAACAUGUGCUUCCGAAUCCAAGGCCACGAUCCAGCAGAACGAGUUAAGUGGUCAGAGGCCCAGCGUAUGUGUGAACAACAGGGAGCCCAGCUAGCCACUAUUGCUAACCCCCUGGAACAAGCUUUCAUCACAGCCAGCCUACUCAAUGUGACCUUUGACCUCUGGAUUGGCCUCCACGCUACCCAGAAGGAGUUCCAGUGGGUGGGGCAAGAACCUAUGCUCUUCGGGAACUGGGCACCUGGGGAGCCCUCGGGACAUAGCGACUCUACUAGUGGUGAAAAACUGACCAACUGUGUUGUCAUCGGGCACAGCUCCUCUCCCCACUUCACUGGACGCUGGGAUGACAGGAAUUGCCUAGAGGAGACACAUGGUUUCAUCUGCCAGAGGGGCACAGAUACUGCACUGAACCCCUCUCCAGAUGCCCUACCCCCUGCUCCGGGCACCGAGCUCUCCUACCACAACAGCAUCUUCCGGCUGCUGCAGAAGCCUCUUCGCUGGCACGAUGCCCUCCUGCUCUGUGAGAGCCUAAACACCAGCCUGGCUGAAGUGGACAACCCUUACACCCAGGCCUUCUUGACCCAGGCUACCCGUAGCCUGCACACCCCACUCUGGAUUGGGCUGUCAGAUGAGGAGGGCUCCCGACGUUACUCAUGGGUGUUAGAUGAGCUCAGCUAUGCAAACUGGAAGGACAGAGAGCCCCAGCUGCCCGGGGGCUGCGGCUACUUGGAUGUGGAUGGGACCUGGCGAACGGCCAGCUGUGACACCAAACUUCAGGGGGCUGUGUGUGGGGUCAGGCGAGAAUUCCAACUCCCUAGGAAGGUGAGCCACUGUCCCCAUGCCCUGGCUGACUCAGCAUGGAUCCCCUUUCGGGAACACUGCUAUUCUUUCCACAUGGAGCUGAUGCUGGGCCACAAGGAGGCGCUGCAGCGCUGUCAGAAAGCGGGUGGUGCCAUCCUGUCUAUCAUGGAUGAGAUGGAGAAUGUUUUUGUCUGGGAACACAUGCAAAGCACAGAAGGACAAAGUGGAGGAGCCUGGCUAGGCAUGAACUUUAACCCCAAAGGGGGCACUUUGGUCUGGCAUGACAACACAGCAGUCAACUACUCAAACUGGGGUCCCCCAGGCUUGGGACCCAGUAUGCUCAGUCACAACAGCUGCUACUGGAUUCAGAGCAGCAGUGGCCUCUGGCGUCCUGGAGGGUGUACCAACAUCACCAUGGGUGUUGUUUGCAAGCUCCCCCAGGUUAAAGAGGGCAGUUUCUCCUCCUCAGCACUCCAGGAGAACACAACAGCCUUGGUGGUGGUGGUGCUGGCAGCCUUGGCGCUCCUGGUCCUCUUGGCUGUGGCUGCACUCUUGUACAAGCGACGGCGCAAUCCUGACCGAGGGGCCUUUGAGAGUGCCCGCUAUAGCCGCAGCUCCUCUGGCCCUGGGGAGGUGGCCGAGAAGAAUAUACUGGUGUCUGACAUGGAGAUGAAUGAGCAGCAGGACUAGAGCUUGGGGGCCGUGUCGG